GCGUCCCUUGUUCACAUUCACGUUCAUGCUUUGUGCAGAACUCGAUAAACAGAAGCAUCGCGACCACGGAUGCAAGUUCUCCAUCACCAAAGCACACAAAAUACAAAACACGAAAUAAACUUUAAUAUAACUCAACGCCGACUGCGAAUGUAAUUAGAUUUUAUUAAGAAAUUAAGCAGAUGUUUGAUGUUGCGUCGUCAGCGUUCACAAGUGUGAAGAAAUUGUAAACAUUUUACUCAGUAAUGUCGAGUUUACUCGUCCACAGUGCGUCGGCGGUUGAAUGAACAAUGUGAGAAGUUGCCGGACAGUUAUUAUUUGAGUUUGCGCCGAAUGUGAAGUGUGUGUAAAGUUUUAUCGGAAGUGGAAGUGACAUUUGAUUCUACACCAGCUAAAAACACGUCGAAAGACGUUGGUAAUGCAUCAGAAGUUGCCUAUCGUGGUGUGAAAGUGCGUCUGAGCGUAACUCCCUCUGGAUGUGAUUCAUCCAAGCCCAUGGGAAUGGACUUCCAGGACAAUGCGCUUGACACGCCUGAAAUCGGACGCGUAAUUAACGCGCCGGCGAUAAUUAACAAGCGGGCGGCGAUUGCCGCCGCUGCCGUUUGCUUCCUGCUCGCGACGGCGGCGAAUGCGGCUGGAUUAUCCGGCGAGCAUGUUUGCCAGCGCGAGGAAAGAUAUACAGUUAAUACAACCGAAUAUUUCCCUAAAAACAUCACAAUUCGUAGUUUUCAAUGGUGUAUGCAAGUUCCACCACGUUGUUCAACUUUUUCUUAUCGUAUUAUCAACGAAUCAAGGAUAAUUGAAGAAGAACGAAUCCGCCAGGUGAGCGUCUGCUGCGACGGCUAUGAACCAGAUAUUGAAGGCGAAAAGUGCGCGCCGUCGUGCAAAUUGCGAUGCGCGAACGGCAAAUGCAACGAAGAGAACAAGUGUUAUUGCGAGCCCGGCUACAGAGGUGACUAUUGCGAGACAGCUUGUGAUUCAAACCGCUGGGGACGUUAUUGUCGUUAUCAUUGCGAGUGCCAACGAGGAGUAUGCGAUUCAAACACGGGUAGAUGUCGCUGUCCUCCAGGCUGGACUGGAUUAAGAUGUGAGAAACCAUGCCAACCGGGUUUGUACGGUGCGAAUUGCGAGAGUAUCUGUGAGUGUAACACUGAUCAAAUUUGUGACUCACAAGAUGGCCGCUGCACGAAUAAAGUUAAGGUGGCGGUGCUUAAGAAGUACCACACUUUCGACACGAAUACUACAACAAAGGCGCACGGUGCCAAAAAGAUUGAUAUGUAUCUCUUAACAACGCCAAGCUCAUUAUCACCUGCUGGCAUUGCGCUAAUUACAACCACAAUUAAAACCACUACAGCCAGUGGUAAAUUAAAUGUUGUAAAUUACACUGAUAACGUAUCAACGGCGCAGAUCGCCGCCGAAGUCAAUAUCAAGAGUAUGGAUCGGACCGUGAUGAAAUCCGAUGAGGAGAUUUCGCCGAAAGAAGCGAAAGCACACGCCGAGGUCAUCGCCAGCGCGGAGGACAAUCACCAAGUGUACAAUUUCGCUGCGAUCAGUUUUCUGGCCAUCGUUGCACUAGCAGCGUCCGGUUUCCUCAUCGCCGUGCGAUUAUUAAAGCAAAAAGGCGGCGAAAUCAACAAAUCACCGCAAGAAACGCAAACAAAAAGUAUUUUUCAUACACCAUUACCUGAACCGCCACAAAGUCCUUUCUUUGAUUCUGCGCCUUGUGCGCUGUAUCAUCAACGUAUUGGUGAUAAUAACGUUGUUAUCAAUACAAGAUUAUCAUUUUCUUCGGUACAAACCACGCCAACCUUGGCUUAUAUUGACGAAUCAAACGAAUCCGAAGUUUUGGAUGCGUGCUAUGAUCAGUUACCGUCGACGCGCGGUACUUACAAGGCCACAACCGCCCCGAACCACCCCCAGCGCCUGUAAUCACCAAUAAUCCACCGGAAAAUGAUGAGAAUUUAUAUGAUGAGAUCCCACGCUGGACCAGAUCGACUGAUAACAAUGCACUGUAUAUUAAUACACGCAUCGAGAACAAAACUCAAUUUUAAUCAUUCAUUUGUAGCCGAUAUUUGUUGAUAAAUUAAUAAAUAAUU